GCGAGGCUGGCCUCUCCAGCCAUUCGCCAGCGCCGUGGACCCGAGCGAAUCUGGGGCUCGAAGCCGAACCCGCCGCGCCGUUUUGUAUUGCCCCGCGGCGGCGCGUCCGAGAUCCCCGUCACGAGGGGAGAACCCAAACCCUGCCGCGGAUCCCCGGGCGUUGCCUCACGGUGCCACGGGCGGCACGUGGGGGCGCGUCCCCCGCCCGCCGCCCGCCCCGCGCGAUAAAGCAGUCCGCGAGAGGUGAUCCUGUGCGGGGAACGGAGGGGAGCCGCUGGUGGGGUAUGGCGGAGCAGGAGGACGGGAGCAGGCGGCGGCGGGAGGCGGAGGCGCCGGUCGUGGCGCUGGAGUGCGUGGCGGGGAGCUCCAAGGCGGAGGAGUGGGGCGGCGGCGGGGGCGUCGUGCAGGAGGGGGACGUGGUGGAGGCCGUCCGCGUGGGGCGCGGCCCCGGUGGCGGGGGCGCCGCGGCCGCGCUGGAGCUGGAGGCGCCGUUCAAGGGCGGCCGCGCCGGGCUGCACAAGGCGCUGCACGCGGCGUUCAAGCGCGGGGACACCUCCGUGGAGGUGCGCGUGCGGGGCGGCCGGGAGCUGCAGGCCUGCAUCGUGCCGCACCAUGGCAGCCCCGGCGGCGGCGGCAGGAAGCAGUACGUGCUGCGGUCGCUGCACGACCCCAACUACGUGCUCGGAUUCGUCGACCGCCUCGAGAGCGAGUGCCUCGUCUGGCAAGGCACGAGAAGCACAAGAGUUGCAUCAGCAUUGAGCAAGGCGCAACUCCAGGAUGGCUACGUGGCAUAUCCAUGGGAGAAGAAGAUGCGCGACACUCUACUCUUGCCCAACUCUAACUGCUACCUCUCGAUGCUCGUCCUUCCCAAGGCUCUGGAUUCCAACGCUUGUCGCUAUGAGUCCUUUGACGACACACUGGCGCGUGCCAGUGCAUGGCUCUACUCAGCGCAGGCAUCGGGCAUCCCCGUUGAUCUCAUGAAUGUGCAGAGUGAAGGUCUUCUCACCAAGGUAUCCGGAGAGACAGCGUCUGCAACUGUCAAUUCAGGUUCAUUAUCUGAUCUGUCAAAUGUCGCUGAUGCGACCCUCUACGGUUUUGAGGAUUACCAUGGGGUGGACAUUGGUGUGAUAAAGGCAGCACGGCUUUGGUACAGUUGCAUAGGAGGAGAAUUGCUGCUGGAGAUCCCGCUUGAAGAAGGUGACACGAGGCUUGGCUUUGCCAUCAGCCGAACUGAAGAGGGUUUUAUCUACAUAUCCUCUGUGGUUGACGACGACAAAGAAUGCAAGGCACCGUCAUCGCGAUCCGGGCUACAUGAUCUGUUCUACCGGGCCAAAGAGGCGUCCAAGCUGCUGGUCAUCUCAAGGGUGUCCAACGAGAAAGUCCUUCCCUGGAUGAUCUCCAGUUCAGGGGCAGUCCGUUGCUUUGACACCAUCUCCAUCAGCCAGAAGCUCUCCUUGCACCGCCUCGCGGUUCGCCCUAUCCAGCUGCAUUUUCUUGCAUGGGAGAAGCCUGCUGGUCCGGUGGAGAGGAUCAUUCGUCCACCGAAGCUACCCCUGCCUUCAACGCUGCUCCCUCAGUCACACCUAAAUCUCAUUGUGGAGAGCGUCGAGCCUAGACUAGAUGCUGAACAGGAUUAUGUGGGGGAUCUGUCAUUUCGGCUCGAUGAUUUCUCAUUUGAGAGCAGCUGGGUGUGACUACAGAUCUCAGUUUUGUCAUACAGGCAUCUGAUGUGCAUAUGUAUGUUUUGAUCUUCCCUAGUUCUCUAGGGCGGUAUGCUCAGUUUUGUGCUGCAGGAAUGCAGACGCCUCCGUGGAAAUGUUCAGAACCUUUCUGGGUUCCUGGCCAAAUCAGGGAUGAGGCUUUCAUAACAUCUGAAAAUUAUGUUGUGAUGGAACACUUGUUGAUUAUAACAGUAAUCAAUCACUUCCACUUU